CUGCGUCCGCCGCCGCCGCCGCCGCGGCUCUCGAGAGGUCGCAGCAGGCGGCGUGCGAAGGGAGAGCUGGCGCCGCCCGCAACUUGGUGGCGGCUGCUGCCCGCUGCCUAUUUUAGUCAAAACCUCCGCCCCGGGGGCUCGCGCGUGCUUCGCCUCGACUCCUUCAGCAAGAGAGGGCGCCCUCGGAGGAGCUGCCGCUGGAGGAGACCCACGGCGGGACGGAGGCGCCUCAGAAGCGAGCGGCAGGUCACCAGCUAUUUAUAAGGACACUUGUUCUGAAGCAGCACAAAGCCAGGCAACUUCAAGAUGAAUCCUACAGAAGCAAAUUCAAUCAUGGUGACCCCUUUGAGUUUCAACCCAGAUGUCAACAAUCCCAUCUCUAUGCCUUUGAAUGAAACUCUUUGUGAAAACUGGAGAGAGAUUCACCAUCUCGUGUUUCAUUUGGCCAAUAUUUGUUUUGCUGUUGGAUUGGUUAUUCCAACCACUUUUCAUCUUCAUAUGAUUGUCCUACGAGCCAUGGUAAUAAUAGGAUGUACACUAUUCAUCAUCUGGGCAACACUAUUCCGUUGUGCUGUGGAUAUAAUGAUCUGGAAUACAACAUUCCUUGUUAUCAACCUUUUGCAUUUUAUAUACUUGCUAUAUAAGAGAAGACCGAUAAAGAUAGACAAGGAGCUCAACAGUCUGUAUAAGAGAAUGUUUGAACCACUCCAUGUGCCUCCAGAGUUGUUCCAAAGACUGACAGGACAAUUCUGCAACAUCCAGACACUAAAAACAGGUCAAGCGUAUGCUGCAGAGGACAAAACAUCAGUGGAUGAUCGAUUAAGCAUCCUGUUAAAAGGAAAAAUGAAGGUCUCCUAUCGAGGGCAUUUUCUGCAUAAUAUUUACCCCUGUGCCUUUAUAGAUUCUCCUGAAUUUCGAUCAACUCAGAUGCAUCGAGGUGAGAAGUUCCAGGUCUCCAUUACUGCUGAUGAUAACUGCAAAUUUUUAUGCUGGUCCAGGGAGAGACUUACCUUUUUUCUGGAAUCUGAACCAUUCCUCUUUGAAAUAUUUAAGUACCUUAUUGGAAAAGAUAUUACAAACAAGUUGUACUCAUUAAAUGAUCCAACACUAAAUGAUAAGACAUCCCAGAAAAUAGAUCGACAGCCCAGUUUGUGCUCACAACUUUCUGUGAUGCAAAUGAGAAACAGCAUGGCUAGUUCAAGUGAUGGCGAAGAUGGCUUGCAACAUUUUCUCCGUGGGACUUCCACUGCCUCAACCCUUCGUCAGCCAUCUCCUUGUCUAAGAACAUCAGCAAAAAUGAAACCAAUUGAAGAAAGUGUGGAAGAUGAUGUCUUUCAUCCCCCAUCAGUCAAAUCAACUAAAGUUUAGUAGUGAUCUUGCUGAGCGGAAUUUCAGUGAACUACUACAAGUGUGGCAGACACAGAAAACUUGCUAAACCACAUAAGGUUAUUUUUUGAUUUUUUAAAAUACAUAUGUAUAUUUGGCUACACACAGAGAUGCCAGAAAAAAGACUGUGACUGAACCCCUUAACCAUAUUACCUGAAAAAUAAAUAAUGCUGGUUUUAGUGGGACUUGAAGCCCCAUUCUGGAGCUUUGUGUGAUUAGAGGAGUAGAAUGCCCUGUUUGAAGCAAUAGUGUAGAAAGGUCUGUGCUUGUAAUGGAACCGUCUGCACAGGAAUGGCUUCUCCUUUGAAGUGAAUGGGAAAAUCCGCACAGCUUCGGUGGAUUCUUGGACUGGAGCAAAUGUGUCUGGAAAUGGGGUUUUAAACAAGGUGUCAAACUUUGGUUUUCAGUUUAUGUUCCAACAAAUCAAAUUGAUUAAUUUGCAAAGCUUUGCCAUUAAAAACUGGUUUUAGGUUUGGCUUUUAAGCCAAUC